GGUUUAUUUAAGGUUCAAAGAACACAAGACAAGACAUGUAUUCUUUCAAGCUGUUUCAAUCUCACAAUCUCAAGUUUCUGCUCUCUUUUUCUUUGUUAUGUGUUCUCUUUUCUUUUCUUCCUUUACUCUCUCAGUCCUUGAAUCCAUUCCUUAUGCAAUUCUUUAGCUACAUCAUUGAAAAGACUUACAUGUUCCUUCUCUGCAAUACACUUCUUGCUUUUAUAGCAUUAUAUUCAAAUUUAAUCAAUCCCUCUUCAUCAACCACUCAUCAAAACAUUCAACAUGUCCUCGACAGCGAGAAGAGUAACCGGUUUGAAUUUUACAUAUCAGAAUCAGAGAUUACAGAACCAAUUGGUGGUGAUAACGUUACGGAAAGUGAAUCCCAACAAGAAGAAAAGAGUUUGAUCAUGGUAGAACCAGAAAAUGUGGUUAUUGAAGCAGAAGAAGAUGAAGAAGUGAAGAGUUUGGUGAUAGUGGAACAAGAAAAUAUGAAUAUUGAAGAAGAGGAAAAUGAUCCUAUGAUAAUUGAUAAAGAUGAGACAGAGAAACUAAAUAAGAAAUGUGAGGAUUUUAUCAAAAAAAUGAAAGCUACUUUCUGUUAUGAUUCAAGAGCUGAGAAUAAGUUUUAUUUUGAUUAUGAUCAGAAUCAUAAAUCACUUGUGCUUGUUAUUUAGUAGUUUAUUAGUAUUACCUAACCUUAAGUUUCUCAGAUUUUAGGACACUUAGAAUUUUCACUUUGGCUUGUAGGAAUUAAAUAUUUAUCUUUUCUACAUGAUGAUUGUACAAUAAAAAACUGAGAUCACUCUAAUAUAUUAAAGAAUAAUGGUAUCCAUACAACUAUUUUUUUUACAAA